CUCUCACCUUCAAACUUCAAUUUGCACACUCUGCAUCUUCACAACAUCAUAAAUUAACAACUCCAAAAUGUCAGACAAUAUACCACCAUUUGAAAUCCAAGCGGAAAUCUUAAAAAGGGUUUCAGAUGUGAAAUCAUUGCUUCAAUUUAGGUCCGUAUCGAAAUCAUGGAAGUCUGUCAUCGACAACCCCCGAUUUAUCGCCGGGUAUCACAGAAACCAGCCACCACGUCAUCAUAUAUUCUUAUGGUACCAUGUUCAGAUUCUUGACACUUUUGUAUCUAUGAUAGAUAACGAUGAUGACAAUAGUCAUAGUUUCGCCCAACACAAGGUUCCCCUUCCUAUUCCCAGUUCUUUUCAAUCACAUGGCGUUGACUCUUUCAUAGUUAUCGGUAGCAGCUCUAAAGGCUUGAUCUGCUUUUAUGAGCACAUUUAUAGAGAUAGAGUUGUUCUGUGGAAUCCUACAAUACGAAAAUCUGUUACUAUUGAUGUGCCUAAAGCAUCUUAUGAAUAUACGAUGGGUUUUGGGGUCAGUCCCGAGUCUGAUGACCCUAAGCUCGUCAAGAUUCAGAGAUUUGGUAAUGCGUUGGAUGAUCUGAAACCUAGGCAAGCCGAGCUUUAUAGUUUAAGCACGGGUGAGUGGAGGACAUUGUCGGAAGAUUUGCCUCGUUCAUCAGUUGCAUUCUAUAAUCAUGAUGGGCACGCAGCUAUAGGUAAUUUCAUUUGUUGGCUAGCUCAUGAGAAAGCUAUGAAACGAGAGAUGAUUAUUUCAUUUGAUAUGACAAGUGAAAAGUUUAUGGAAAUAUACAUCCCGGAUAGUGUGACAAAGGAUGCAUACAAUGAAUUGUGUUUAUUUAAGAUACAGGAGUCUCUCGCUGUGGCUGUGAUACAAAAUGAUCGUGUGGUUUAUCAAGUAUGGAUGAUGGAAGGAACAAUGGACAUCCUAUAAUUCGAAUGGAUGAUGACGACAAGUUUAAAGGCUCGGAUGGACUUGUUGUUUAUGAACCUGACUCGGAACAAUUCACUUCUAUAGGGGAUUCUGAAAGUAAUUAUACAAUCUAUGCGAGUUCCUACUUGGAAACGCUACUUUUGCUUGAUUACUAAGAUUGUAGUUUUCUUUAGCUCUACAUAUAUCAACAGGAAAGAGAAUGGGAACAUUUGAAACUGUGGAGCUCAGGACAAGUGACUUUUGGAGCAUGCAAGUAAUGCAUGGAGAUCAAGGUAUAAAGCUAUUCGUCAAAAUUUAAAUAGAUCCGUACUUGUGGUUGUAGUGAAAUUAAUCUUUUGUUUUUGUCAGCAAAAUAUAUAUGGCAUAUGCGCUUAGUUAUUUUUGGGUUGUCUGCGAUUUCGUUAUUUAUCUUUGGUUCUAUUUUGUUAUUUAAUCUACGUUCUGAAACAGUGAGGGUGUUUCAUUUACGUUAGAUCUUAAAA